GCCCGUCAGCGCCGUUAAAUGCCGUGUGCGGGCGGGCGGCGCUGCCUGGGCUGCCCCGGCCCCCUGCGUGCGGGCGGCCGCCUCCCCCGCCUCCUCCCCCGGUACAUGGCUGGCGGGCCGUACUUGUCACGGUGUCACAUCCUCCCCGCCGGCUGCGGCCCCAACUUCCCCCCCAGCUCGGCUGCCGCCGCCGCCCGGGGCCACCGCAGCGGCAUGGGAUAGAGCACAGCCGCCUCAUCGCCUGGCCGCCGCCUCCGUCGCGCAGCCCGGCGCCUCGCCGCACGCUCAUUUUAAUUUAAUUCCCUUUCUCCUGUUUAAAUUCCUCACCCCUGUCCUUCCUCCCCCCCCCCCCCCCCCCCCGCCUUUUCACACACCGUCCCCUCUUUUCCGUUGACACCCGCCCCCCGACCCCAUUUAGCCGCCCCUACCCGUUCCCCUCAGCGCCUCCCUCAACGGUCCUCGCCGCGGAGUCCCCCGGAGCGGACCUGCAGCGCAAGGAGUCAGAGUUUGAAGAAGUUGAGUGAAAACUUCAAGGAAGUCCAAGUUCUUCUUAUGUCUGUGUAUUUCAUGGUGGGAGCGAUGUGACGUAACACUGAGCCAGAGGCACAGUGCUCGUGUAACUUUGGACCUGGGCAAGAGGAAGAAAUGCGAUAUAUGUUGGGGAAAGGAGGAAAGCGGAAGUUUGAUGAGCAUGAAGAUGGGUUGGAAGGCAAAGUGGUGUCUCCUACUGAUGGUCCCUCUAAGGUGUCUUACACCUUACAGCGUCAGACUAUCUUCAACAUUUCCCUUAUGAAACUUUAUAACCACAGGCCAUUAACCGAGCCGAGCUUGCAAAAGACAGUUUUAAUUAACAACAUGUUGAGGCGGAUCCAGGAAGAACUCAAACAAGAAGGCAGCUUGAGGCCCGUGUUCGUGACCGCUUCGCAGCCCGCCGACCCUCUCAGCAACAACUUCCGCGAGGCCCAGCCGCCGUUCAGCCAUCUCGCCUCCCAGCCCCUUCUCCCCGCCGACUUCGUAAGCACUACGCCCCUGGAGUCUUGCCUCACCCCGGCCUCUUUGCUCGAGGACGACACUUUUUGCACUUCCCCAACUGUCCAGCACGACGGUCCGACAAAACCACCGCCUCCCGCUCUCCACCCAGUAAAGGACAGCUUCUCCUCAGCCUUGGACGAAAUUGAGGAGCUUUGUCCAGCACCUACCUCCGCAGAGGCAGUAGCAGCCGAAAUGGCAGCCGGUGACUCUAAAGGCCACCCCAGCGAGUCCCACGUUCAGAAGCCCGAGGGCCUCCCGGAGAGCAGAACGGCCGAAUCGAAACUCAUGGACUCGCUACCUGGCAACUUUGAGAUAACAACUUCGACAGGUUUCCUCACAGACUUGACCCUGGAUGAUAUUCUGUUCGCUGACAUUGAUACGUCCAUGUAUGAUUUUGACCCCUGCACAUCUGCCACGGGGGCUGCCUCAAAAAUGGCUCCCGUCUCAGCAGACGAGCUCCUAAAAACUCUCGCUCCGUACAGCAGUCAGCCAGUAACUCCAAAUCAGCCUUUCAAAAUGGACCUCACAGAACUGGAUCACAUCAUGGAGGUGCUUGUUGGGUAUUAAAAUAUAGAAAUAUAGCAAGUUUUUUUUGUUUUUUGUUUUUUUAAGUACCAGUAUAUACACUUGGUAGUAUUUCCAUAGUCCCUCCCACCCCUGAUUCACAGCACUGUGCAUGCGUCCUUGCUUGCCUUUUUUGAAAAGAAAAGGAUCACACUAGUUUUUGCUUCAAGCAGAGUUGGAGUGCCUUCAUCCAUGUAUGACCACUUCUAAUGUAUUUUUUUUAAAGUGGUUCCUCAAGGAAGACCGAAUAUCCCGGUAUAGGAGAGAAUAUGUAUUGUAGACAAUGUUAUGUUAUUACAAAAAAAGAAAAAAAAAAAAUUGUAAAAGCUAAGCACAAGGAUUAUGUUGGGGAAAGCUGUAAAUUGCAUGUGCAUAUUUGUCUAUUUUUUCUAUAAGUUUUAUUGCAAGAGGUAAAAAAUUUUAUUAUUUAGAUAAUCUCAAUACCAUUUUAGCCCUGUAUAGGUUGACUUAGCAAUUCAGCCUUUUGGAGGCAUUAACCUGCUCCUCUUUAAGUGUUGCAUUUACAUGGCUGUUUAGAAACUGCUGCCCAAAUUUAUUUUAUAUUUUUGUACAGAUUCUGCAGUUUAUGAUAUUGUUUUUUCUAAAAACAAAUGCUGUUUAUACACACAAAAAAAAUAGCUAUUUUGAUAGGAUUUGCUCACAUAGUUCCUGCAUAAUUCAGAUGUACAAGAACCACUUGUACUUUUAUACAGAGUUGUAAUGUUUUAUAUGUGUAUGGUGCAAAGAGAAAAUUGGAUCAAAUAAGCCUGCAGUCGGUUUCCCUGAAUGCAAACACACACAAAAAAAAAAAAAAAAAAGUGCUUUAAGAAAGGGCUGGGAGCUGCUUCUGCCGGAGUUUCACAAGUGUUUGCUCCCUGCUGUACCCACUGCGCACUACUGUGAUUCCCGAAACUCAGAGCCAUGUCCUUUUCCAACACGUAUGUGAAGCAGUCGGCAGGAAACAGUUGUGGAACUUCCACCCCCCCGCCCCACGCAGGGGUCCCGAGCCGCCCGGCCUGACGUGGAGCGCCUUGGCACGGCGGUGGGUCAGCACUUCGCACCUGGAGCUCCGGGGAAGGGGUUGGGGGGGGCCAGGGGCCCGUUCCCCCCCCCCACCUCAGCCCCCCCCCAGGAACCCAACCUGUGGCCGCGCGGCGCGGGCGGGAGAAGCGGCGCCGGCGGCGUCCCCCCCUCGCCUCUUUUUCUUGGAGCAUUUCUCCUUCCCUCGCCCCACCUCACUGCGCCAAGCGCUGGAAAAAGGGCAACUUCAGUAUUAGCGCAGGGAAGCUCAUCUCCUACCUGCACUGGAUGGACUUGCUUUGAUAUCCAUUGCUGUUGAAACUGGAGCCAGUCGUGCUGCGUCGCUUGGCAUCUCGGGUAGGGUCGGUUUCUCGUAUCGACUGCGUUACCUGCUUUACACUUUAUAGACCGGGUUUUACGACGAGUAUACAGACACAGCUUUCUAUGCAUGGUCCCGUUCCCUGUAACACCUGAGAAGUCUUCUCAUCACUGCACCAAUAGCAUUUUUUAAGUUCGUUGUGGUGUACAUUUAAUUUAAAAAAAAAAAAAAAAAAAAAAAAAAAAAUAUGUUUGCAAUGUACCAUGCCUAUUGCUGAAGUCGCUAUGGCAUUUUAGUUUUUUUUUUUCAAUGGUACUUUAGCUGUUGAGCGCUGGUUACAACCUAUAUUGUUGACAUGCCUAUGGCUUCUUUAGGAAUAACUUUUAUAUUUAUUUAAGAAAUCUUAACUUAUGUUUUAUGUCAUUUGGCAAUAUUCAGUCAAUUCUGCUCCCUUCUUGUCAUGGAUGAAAUUGGGUCUCGUCUGCCUUUUAAGGAGGCAGCUUUUUAUAAAUUGGCACUUUAAACCAGGCCAUAUAUAUUUAUUAGUAUAGAGAUAGAUGUAACAUAGGUAUGCACACAGACACAGUAUAAAAGCAAAUACGUUUUGCAAUGAAGGAACUCCUAAUCAAAAUGAAACGUGUCGUGGGCAAUUACAAAAAUGCGCUUCUGGCUCCUACUUCAUCUGCCAGGGGCGGGGGGAGGAGGCAGGGAGCUGGCUGAGGAGGGGCGGGGAAUUGCUCGCUUCUUUUUUCCAAGCCAAACUCAGUGAAGCAACGGGAGGGAUGCUGAUGGAUUUGCAGUUGUUUCCUUACGUAGACUUUAAAAAAAAAAAAAAAAAAAAGUAACUUUAUUGCUUCCACCAGAAAACCAUUGACCAAGUGUGGCUUUAGGGACCAUCAGAAGCGAAGGGGGGGACACGGCUCUGUCUCAGACACAGCGGUGACUGGACCUGGCUCAGCUGCAGUUCUUGGCCCUUGUAGGAAAACAACCAGCCCUGAUGGAUUCUGCACCUCUUGUAACUGGAGUAACUGGGAAAACGUUGGCCGUGCGAGGGCUGGGCGCCCGCGGGCAGGCGGUGACUCGGUGAGCACUUGCCUUACCCUGGUUAAAAACUCGCCUGCAGCUGCCGGAGCUGCCCGGCUUCUGGGGCUUGCUGCCGAAUUUAAACACCGAGAGGCCAUCGAGGCCGUUUUGGAGAGUUAAGUGGGGUCGGUUGGAAGUUUUUCUGUCCCCCCCAACAAGCGCUGAGCUCCAGCCCCACCCCUCGGGAGACGGUGUCCGUGUAUCCUCGGUGCUGAAGCGCAGGUCCCAGGGGCAGAGUCCUUACGGGCAUCCCCUCGGACGCAGAUGCCCCCGAUUUAGGGGCUGGGGGGAAGGUUGGCCAGGCGGCCGAGCAGCCGCCACGCCAGGGAUGGAGAGUGACAUUAAUGUGCAAUGAAGUGACAAGAUGGGAGCAGAAUAAAAGAGCUUUGGAUUUGAAGUGAUUUUUUUUUUUGUUUGUUUGUUUUUCAUAAAUUAUUUAUUCUUUUUUUUUUUUUUUUUUUUUUUUUGGUUUGUUUCCUUCUGUAAAUAUAUUUAUUUUAUUGUGAAGCUAACAACAUCUGGAUUGUAACAUGUACAGAAUGUAUGGUAGGAAUGUAUUCUCUUGUAGGAAUGUAAAUCUGUAUGAAAAAGGGUAUGGGAGCCAGAUUCAGAGAAAAUGAAUUGAGUUCCAGUCAGGAUAUGCAUGGUUCACAUGACUUCCCCAUCACCCCCCCGCCCCCUUUUUUUUUUUAAUAUGGGUCUGGUUGUUUGAAAUAUGCAAAAAAGGUAUGGAUGAGGGACAGUUUUAUGUUCAAAAUUAGUCCUAGUCAGGUUCCUACCCCGUCAGCUUCUUGAGACGGGCCUCCCUCGGCACUCUGCUGGAAUCUGCACCAGGAGGCAGGAGGAAACACAAUCGCCUCCAGCGUGCUGGCCUGGUAAAUGUUUGAAAAAUGUGAUUUUUUUUUUUUUUUUCUUUUUUUUUUUUUUUUUUAACACGCGCAGGAAGCGCAGCUGGAUUCCCUGGGGCUGGAGGGCCGAAGGAGGUUGCAGGGUGUUCCCUCCAGCCUCCCUGCCGGAAGGUACGGCCAGCCAAGAAAUCACAACCGCCCGCGGCAGGAGGGGUUGGCUUCCUCGAGUUCCAACCACCCGAGUCGCUCCCUGCGACCUCCCCGGGGCCCCGCCGGAGCCCCCCCGGCACCGCACAGCAAGAGGGUGGGCAACGUCCCUCCUGGGGGGCCGGAUCAAGGCAGCAGUCCGGCCCCUCCCUUGCAGCCAGCUAGAGCCGCGAGGCAGCCAAGGCGCUCGCUGCAGCGAUCGCUGUAAGAAUCAAUUUGGACCGUGCGAAAGGCAAUUUGGUUUUGCCUCAGUGCCGUGUGGCAGUAGCCUGGGAUGUCUAAAACCAACGUUUUGAAUCCAAAGUUUACACUUUUAUCACCAUUAAAAUUGAAUAAAUCGUAACGGGUCCUGUCUGACAAACGGUUUAAUUCGCUCCAGCGUAUUGCGAGCUUUUCGUUCCCGUUACAGGGUUUCUUUGGGGUUUUAGUGUUUUGUUUUUCUUCCCCCGUCAGGUUUCAGUAUCCUGCUUCUGUGCAAGUUGCUUUCAGUGCUUCUAUUAAUUAAUGAGACUGAACGUUUUUAAAGAAAUCAGUUCUUCAAGCACUUUUUUCUGAAAAUAAGCCUAACGCGAGUUCUGGAACCUCUAAAAAACACAAAUUGCAGAUAAAAAUCCCAACCUCGACUCCUAUCUAGUUCUGAGCAUAAUCCAUACUAGCGCCUCUAAAGGCCAAGAUUCUGGAAAAGGUGUAAAUAGUGUGACAUGUUCAGUGCAUGGUUGUUUGAACAGGGCUUGUUAUAUUGUCAAAAAAAAAAAAAAAAAAAAAAAGAAAAAAAAAAAAAAAAAGAAAAAAGGCUGUAUUUCCCCUUCCCCUCCCACAGACCUUAGAGCUGUGCCUUUUCUAUGCAAUAUUACAGACAUAUACAUCUGAAACCAGAUUACUGUAUGCACAUGUAGGUAUGGGCUGUAAUCUGAAAAAAAAAAAAAAACCAAUUGGACAAAUGUACAUGGAAAUGAGCAGUCUUACUUUUGUAGUUUUAUAUUAUACAAUAAACGAUUAAAAUAA